UUCCAACACGAGCACGAGUUUUCAGUAUGCACUUCAGAAUGAGGAUAAAUAUGGCCGUAAUAUCUUCGAUACAAUGUUUCAGUACACAAUCAUCACCGAUCCGCCGGUUCUCAACCACAUUCGAUCAUGGAUUCUAUCAUCCGCGAUAGCACAGCUGGACAGCUUCUGCGAUGGGUCACUAGGAACAAAGUCCUGCCCUACCCUGAGGAGCGUCCGGACUUUAAGUGCCCCAAUUGCUAUGCAGGAAAUGCCGCUUCGGCGACAAUCUUUGAAGCGGACAGGGAGAAGGGCUCGGAUUCCGACCCCGACACCAACGAACGACAAUCUGAAGAUGCUUCUACAUCCGAAACAGCUACCAACUUGAGCCGAGUGCCGUCAAUGACCGAUCUUGAGAAGGUCCGCACUCAAGACGACCUGGCUCGCCUGUACUCGGUCGCUACGCAGACCGAAGCACUGCAGGCGGCUCCCAGCCGACCUAUAGCGCCAACAAAAACCGACGACGGUACCAUUCUAGUGGACUGGUACACGACUCAUGAUCCGGCCAACCCGCAGAAUUGGUCCUCCGGCAAGAAGCUGUUCGUUGUGACCCAGAUUUACCUCUAUACUUUUGCUGUUUACCUGGGCUCGUCGAUCUAUACGCCCAGCGCUCCGGAAAUACAAAUCCGUUUUGGCGUCUCGGCAACUGCCGCAUCUCUGGGGUUGGCUCUGUACGUCCUGGGGUACGGGAUUGGGCCCCUGAUCUUCUCUCCGAUUAGCGAGAUCCCCAGUAUCGGCCGCAAUCCGCCGUACAUCAUUACCUUCGCGCUUUUUGUCAUCUUCACCAUUGGCGCCGCGGUGGUCGACACGUUCGGAGGUCUUCUUGUCCUUCGCUUUCUGCAGGGCUUCUUUGGCAGCCCAUGUCUGGCGACUGGGGGCGCUAGCAUCGGCGACGUGUACAGCCUGUUGAAAUUGCCUUACGGGCUCACCACCUGGGCGGCCUUUGCGACCCUGGGUCCCGCCCUGGGUCCCCUGAUCUCAGGCUUCAGCGUUCCCGUCAAGGGCUGGCGGUGGUCCCUCUGGGAAACCGUCUGGCUGUCGGCCCCAAUUCUCGUCCUCAUGUUUUUCUGCUUGCCUGAAACGUUCCCGGAUGCCAUUCUCCUGCAGCGGGCGCGCCGCCUGCGCCGGGUGUCUGACAAUGACAAAUUGCGCUCGCUGUCCGAAAUUAAGCAGAAGCAAUUGACCGUCACCGCCGUGGCAAUGGAAGCGCUGUAUCGGCCGUUCCAGAUCGUCUUCCUCGACCCAGCGAUUCUCUUCUUCAACGUCUACACUAGUCUAAUCUACGGGAUCUACUACUCCUUCUUCGAGGUCUUCCCGAUUGUCUACAUUGACAUCUACCACUUCAACCUCGGUGAGAUGGGCCUCGUCUUUCUGAGCAUCGCCGUGGCCCUCGCCAUCGCCGUCCCCCUCUACUUCUUGUACCUGUACAAGGUCUUCGAGCCCGAGAUCCGCACCCGCGGCCCGGGCGCCCCGGAACGCCGACUCAUCCCCGCGCUAUUUGCCUCCUUCCUCCCGCCGAUUGGACUGUUCAUUUUCGGAUGGACCUCGCGCGCCUCGGUUCAUUGGAUCGUAUCGGUGGUCGGAAUCCUGCUGUACACGAUCGGGAUCUUCACCCUGAUCCAGUGCAUCUUCAUCUACAUCCCGAUGACGUACCCGCAGUAUGCGGCGAGCCUGUUCGCUGGGAAUGACUUCAUGCGCAGUGCGCUCGCUUGCGGCGCGGUGCUGUUUGCCCGCCCGCUCUAUCUGAAUCUUGGGGUGGGACAGGGGGUGAGUCUGCUGGCCGGGUUGACGGUGGGCUGCAUUGGCGGGAUGUUCGCGCUGUACUACUACGGGGCGGCUUUGAGGGCUCGGAGCCGGUUUACGGCGAAAUAAGGUAGAUCAUGAUGGAAGUCAUUUUGGGUCUUGGCUGCGGUUUGGAUUCCUAUGUACUAGAUAAGCUUAAUAUUUAAUCGGU